AUGAGUUCCAGCCAAAGCACACCACAAGUGCGAAAGAAGGGAGAAAAAGCAUCACGGAUUCGGCGCAUAACGACCAGCGAUGUAGAUAGAGUACGCAUAGUAACAGCAUACGAAAACGGAGCAACUCCAACAUCCAUCAGUCAGAUACUGAACAUUCCGAUUUCGACUGUGUAUGGUAUCAUCAAAAUGUAUAAAAAAACAUGGCAAGUUGCCGCUAAAAAGCGUGGUGGUAACAGACCCAAAGCAUUAUCACCGGAAGCAAUAGAAAGCUUGCGCCGGUGGAUUGCCGAGGACAGUACAAUUACGUUAAAAUCGCUGACAGAAAAGGUGCACCUGGAGCACGGUGUGCGCGUAAGCCUUACCACCAUAGCCCGGGAAGUGAAGGAAUUUAAAACCUCCACCGCACACGGAACAUCUUCGGCGAAAUCCAGUGCGGAUUCCACGCGUCUAUCGAAAAAAUAG